CGAAAAUGGGCGGUAUGUUUCAUUUCGGAUAUUUCCGCGAGUAGACAACAUUGCAAGGUGUACAAAUUCCGUCACCAAUAAACAACAUGGCGUCCGCUUGGCUGGAAAAGCUGAAAUCUUCCCAUAAAACUUGUAUUAUUCAGGACGGAAGAAGGAAAAUUCAUUUUACUUUCUCUGAUGGCACAGAGUUAGCUGAAGAAUACAAUUUAUCAGACAAUGAACUGAUUAUCCGAAAGUGGAAAAGAAAAGGUACAUUAGGUGGAGAAGGAAAAUGGGACUUUGAGGUUGGCGACCAGUCGUUACGACAACAACUAGCUGAAGGUUUAAUGGAAAGCAGUUCAAAUCCUGUAUUCACAAGAAAGGACAAAAAGUCUGACUUUGAAUGGAGAAUACGGAAUCUGCCUUACCCGAUAGAGACCUAUAGUGUCACAGUCGACGAUGAUAACAAGCACAUCAUCGUUAGAACUUCAAAUAAAAAGUAUUAUAAGAAGUUUUCCAUCCCCGACAUGGACCGGGCUCAGUUGCCCAUCUCCCAGAAGUGGGUUCAGUAUGCUCAUGCCAACAAUACACUCAUCAUAUCUGUGAGUCUAGUCAUUGUUUGGUCUUGCUAGAAAUCAAUACACUCAUCAUAUCUUAUAAAAAACCAACUGAAAUUAUAAAUAUGGAAAAAAGUCUACAAGAAGAGAUAAAAAAGAUGAAAGCAUCAAAAGAUGGUGACGUUGACUGCAAUCCAAGUUGACAGACCUGAUAACAAUUCAACAUUAAACUCUAAACAUGCCACGUGAUUGAUCAAAUAUGCAUAAUUCCUGUAUGGUGUUCCACUUUGUUAGAUUUUCUUUAAGUGCUGUGGUUUAUCCUGACAAUGUUGUUGUAUUCCGUCUUGGUCUGCUUGUUUUGAGUAAUAAGCUAUAAUCAAAUAGUGAUUGGACGUUUCCUAAGAGGAAGUGAUACUUUAAAAAUACAAUAUUACAAUUAUGCUUGCAACCAAGAUAUUAUAUCUCUAGGACUAAAUAUUAAUGGAUUUUUAGGUAACUUCAGGUUUUGAGGGUGGGUGUACAACCUUUGAAUUCAUGUUUGAGCAUGUAUUUGAUAUUACAUGAAGCUUUAUACCGUUAUAAUAAUUACUCAUUAUCACCAUCACCACCAUGAUUUGUAAUACCUAUAAACUGUUAUUUUCAGUUUAUAAAGAUCCCACAGAAGUUUUACUACUUGUGUGAUUGCCAAAACUAAUAUGUAUUUUAAUAUAUGCUUACAUGUAUCACAAAAGUAACUGAAUAAUGAUCUAAGUAGUAUUUACUGUUUAGUUUCCUUGUUUGUUGUUGAAUUAAACAGAUAAACAUAUC